GCACACUCACCGACUGGGGGAGAGCGAGCGAGCGAGCGAGAGAGGGAGGGAAAAGAGGGGGAGAGAAAGAAAGGAAAUUGAGGAGCAAAAAAAAAAAAAAAAAAAACACACCACGAUUCGACUUCUUUGUUUUACCAAAGCGCUUGUUAAGGCGAAGGAAGGACUGAAACGAUGACCAACCUUUCCUCAUGACAGCCAUCUUUAGAGCCAAAGGUGGUGUGGGCUUUUUUGGGAUUUUUUCCCCCUCCUUCCUUCUUCCAGGCUAAUUUUUGUAAGGAUUAGGAACAGCGUUGAGGAAAAGAAACACGCUGCCCUUCUUCCACUGAGGUAGGAUGUGGACCGCGUUUGAGGAAAAAUAGCCUCCGUAGAAAAACGCCUUAUUAACGUUACAUGCGUAGGGAAAAGAAAGGAAAAAUCUCGGAGCGUGUGCCUGUAUAGCGUUCCUAACUGUUCUUUAUCUGCGUAACAUUUUCGCUCCUUUCCUUCGUGUGCUUUGCCUCUUUUGCUUAUAAUAAUUUCGAAGCACAUUCCCCUCUAUAUUUUCCUCCUCCUUGGCUGUGCUGCAGAGGUUGAGGCGCAGGCUAAGGCGCUGUUUUGUAAGCUAAUCUUCUCUCAUUUUUUUGGGUUGCGUUCAGGCCCGGCAUGAAUUGGCACCAAAUGUGACACUAAAUCCGUCUCCAGCUCGCUUAAGCUUCGACGUAGCGACGAUAGGGACGAUUUUAGGCCGAUAUCCAGCGGUUUGGAGGCUGCUAAGGCGAGUUUUAAUGCGUCAAUUUCCCCCCUCACUCCUGAUAUUUUUCUAAGCUGCAUUAGCUCCGCUGAGGCGCCGCGCGACCUCGGAGGAGAAUAAGAAGCGCUAGAUCAACUUAAGUCGUUUUAGGGCCGUUAAAAGGGUCUUCAAACAGCAAAAGAGAAGAUUUCAGAUAAGCCCACCCUAGCUGGAAGACCGUGGGCGGACUUCAAUGUUAAUGUCGACCGACGUUGCAUCCAUCAUGUUGCCCGUGGCUCGGGGUAUAAUGGACCGGGACAGAGAGCUGGACGCAGCCGCAGCGGGGCACCCAGGCCCGGCCACCGGAGCCUCCACUGUCCGGGGGAUGAAGCGUGGAGAUCCAGAGCCUGAUGGUCAAAGCGCCGCUGCCCUGGGGGACCCUGUGGGUGCUGAAUGCAAAAGACCACGCAUGGACGGGAACGCAGGAGACAUGGGGCAGAACAAUGAUCCCUUGAGCAUGGGUUUCCAUGGAUACCCCUCAGCCAGUCAGGGUUCACAAGACACUAUGGGUGCUCAGGAGGGCCUUGUUCCGCCACCCUUCUCUGCCUUUCCUCCCCCUCCCCCUCCGCCACCCCAGAAUGGCCUGCCACUGGAGUUUGGGGGCAGCAGCCUGUACUCUGCAGGGGGACAGGGGCAAGUGGAGCCGACAGCAGGGAUCAGUAACCCCCCCUCCGCCCCCAGCACUCUCAACACACAACAGUUGUCAGACGGAUCCCCCCAGGCAGAGAGCCAGUGUGUGUCUGGUGGGGGUUCAGGCGUAUCUGGGGCUGAAGACUCUGCAGAGGGCAAAGUCACCCCGAAACGCCUCCAUGUCUCGAACAUCCCCUUCCGCUUCAGAGAUCCUGACCUGCGGCAAAUGUUUGGGCAAUUUGGAAAAAUCCUGGAUGUAGAGAUCAUUUUCAACGAGAGAGGCUCCAAGGGCUUUGGCUUCGUGACGUUCGAGAGCAGCGUGGAUGCGGAGAAGGCCCGAGAGAGACUGCACGGCACCAUCGUGGAGGGCCGGAAGAUCGAGGUCAACAAUGCUACAGCUCGAGUGAUGACCAAUAAGAAGCUGGUUAGCCCAUAUGCUAACGGAGAGGGACUCAAUGCUCUCCCUUAUGUAGCUGGGUGGAAGCUGAGCCCAAUGGUGGGAGCAAUGUACGGCCCAGAGCUCUACGCAGGUGAGACACUGGUUCCAGGGUUUCCAUACCCUACUGCAGCGGCGGCGGCAGCUGCCACUACAGCUGCCACCUUCAGGGGUGCUCACCUGCGGGGUCGCGGGCGGCCCGUUUAUGGUGCUGUACGUGCGGCUGUCCCGCAACCUGCCAUUCCAGCAUACCCAGGAAUAGUGUUUCAGGACACUGUGGUUAGUAGCAGAUUGCCGCAGGGUGGCUACGCAGCGUAUCGUUACGCCCAGCCGGCAGCGGUAGCAGGUCCAACUGCAGCAGCAGCAGCGGCGGCAGCAGCAGCCUACAGUGACAGCUAUGGUCGCGUAUACACGGCAGAUCCCUAUGCCACGGCGUUAGCAGCCCCAGCAGCCGCCGCGUACGGAGUGGGAGCUAUGGCCACCCUUUACAGGGGAGGGUACAGCAGGUUCUCCCCCUACUAAACUCAGAAACCUCCAGACUUCACCAACUCUCCCAAACUUUUAGAAACAGUCACUCACUUUGGAGCGGAGACGUCCUUUUUUUGUGUGUGGACAAAUGGAAAACGAAACACCGCUUUGGAGCGAAAACUUGAGACAGGAAAGUAAAUCACUACAAGUCUUUUUUUUUUUUUUUUUAAAUACAAGAAAACAACUACAUAACUGUAAAGAACUUCGCCGGUGAUGUGGGAUGGCUGACUGAGGAAUUGCACGACUGAAAAAAAAAAAAAAAGAAAAAAAAUUGAAAAAAUUAUUAUUUCUUCCUUUGGCACGUUUCUCUGCACAUAUGCAUGCAGUAAUGGCUCUAGAGCGCCUCUUGUGGCCACCAAACUACAUGUGCACAGAGUGUCUGGACUUCAGUGGACUACGAGUUUAUACAUCACUGUUCAGAAGUACCACACUACAUUUACUAUCCCUGUUGGAAUCCACAAAAGCGAGAUGGCUGCCCAGGCCACGUGGUGGACUGUGAGGUGGGGGGGGACUGCCCAUGAGCUUUUUUGAGGAAAUGGUGGUGUUAUUCCAUAGUGUAAGCGGAGGCAACUGUGUGUGAAGUGGCGUUUUUCUCAAAGCGUCAUCCGAGAAACGAACAAACUGAAAUUGAGAGAAAAACGCUAACAGCUGUUACAGAUCGCAGGAAUUUUUCCGCAAGCAUACGGGACGAUGUGUCAUAAAUAGCCUACAGAAUCUUGCUUAAUUUUUUUUUUUGUUUUGGUUUUUUUUUUUUUGGUUUUUUUUUUUGUUGAUAUUGUAAAAUUACCUCUUACUUUGAGGUCUUUUUGAAAAGACAUACCUUUAAAAUUGAAUAGUCAUAAUAUGCAAAUAAACUAGUAUAGAACAAAAAUGUUACCAAACAUUAUUAUUAUUAUUAUUAUUAUUAUUAUUAUUAUUAUUAAUUAGAGCAUUUUUUGACAUACCAUUUCUGUGACAGUUGAUGUUAUUGGCUCCUGUUUGUCAGAAGGAGUAGGUAAUGCAACUUUAAAUCAUGAAGUUAUCAGAUGAUCCCACACAGUGAACAAAAUAACAGUAAUGCGAUCAUGAACGUCUGAAUAACAAAAUUACGUCCAGAGAUUACGUAAAAUGCCCAUUUUUAUGGGACUACAUUGGAUUUCGGCUCUCCUUUUUACAAGAAUAGUUUCAAAUAUGCAAUCUCCAAACAACAUUUCAGAAAGAGAGUGGCAAGUGAAAAUCUUCGGAUGUUUUAACGGUUAACUACAUAGUAUUUUUUACUUUCUCGCUUUGCUAAGUGUCUUUUUCUCUCUCUCCUGAUUGAUAUUGAUAUUUUUUGUCUUUUGAGAUUUUGGUUCCAAAGAUUUGUGAAGCACAUUUUUUUGGUUAUAUGUAUGAGCCUAUAGUAAUUUCUGUUGUUUUUUGGCUUUUGUUUUAUUUUUGUAUCUAUAGAUUUUAUUGUUUUGUUUGAAGUGGCUUCAAAAACAGAAUUGGAAUUUGCUGUGUCUUCUGUGCCAUCGACAUCCAAUUUACUACAAGCUAAUUUAUUAACAAACUAUCAGUUUAAAGCGAUCAGGUUUUACUUUGUUGUGGUCAGGAUUUUACCGAUGUACAUUCUUUGUCUGGUGCAAGAGUCUUUCAGAAAUGCUGGACGGUGGUGAAAGCGAAAGCGCAGCUUGUCUGGACUGCGUAAACGAUAUACAGAAUCCUGUCAAACACAGUUUUGGUGUUGCUUCUUAGCCAACACUCGUACUGUAGGUUAAAGAAUAGAAAACAUUUCAUAAUUGUAAGCUUUUAGUUUCUCGAUUUCCCUGCAUUUUGGCUUCUCUUUUCGUGUGGUGUAGGGAUUUAAAUUAUAUUCCACUGCUGCAGAGUCACGUGGAACAUUUGUAUUAAGAUUUAAGGAAAUUCCUGCCUUCUCUCUGAAAGCUCAGCGAGAUGGAAGGGGGUUGCUUUUUUCUGUCCAUUAGGUACUUUGCAGUCUAUGCACUAUAUUUCUCAGUGUUACCAAGAAACAAACACCUCAGUACCUGCGAUCUGCCCCCCACUCUUCCCCUCGUAGACUGUCCCAGGAGUUAGAUAAAGAGGGUGGAUUUGGUUCGUUUCUGUAAUCCUCUUCUUUCUGGUAUGUUAACUCUCAUAGAGGCGCUGGUGCUACUGUAAACAGUAGCCUAUUGCCGAGGCUUUGGACAGGCUAGACUCCACUCCCUUCAGAGACUGAAAGAAUCGGAGGUGGUCUCUUCAGCUUAAGUCACCCAGGAGCUCUAGCCUGAGUCAGAGGAACGUUCUAGAUAUUUUCAGAUGGCUGGAGGGAUGAUCAGAGACCCCAAAGGGUGCACUAGUGUGAGUUUAUUGGAUCUGCAUGUGGAACACAGCUUUUUAAAUAACGUCCAGUCGUGCAGUUGGGACGGCGAGAGAACGAUAGCUGCCCACCUUCAGUAGUGUUCCAUUCCUUAUUAUAUAUUCUCCUUUCCAUCUUUGCACAUUAUUAUAUGAUACAUGUUAUGCAUAUUAUCCUUUAGUUUACAACGUGAGUGUGUUUUUGGUUUGAACUCUUCCUCUCUGCAUACUCAGAUGCCAUUUGUGAUGUAAUUUGUAUCUGAAUGUCCAUAUAAACAAUUUUUUAAAAAUAUA